CACUUAUCAAAUCAAACUUUGUCUCAUUGGUAAUAUUGCUAGAAAAUAAAUUAUUCCACUGGUCAUGUUUUCAUGGUUGAGCACUAGGCCUCGUUUUGAAAAAGAGGCCAAAGGUAAACAGGCCGGGAGAAGAACAAUCAAGAGUUUGCAAUUAUAUAUUUCUCAUGAGGUGGUGAACCGUUUGUACAUGACGCCAGUUUUAUGCAUGAGAUUAAAAUGAUGGACGAUGUUCAGAGGUUGUCACGACAAACACAAAGACCUUUUAAGUUUGUCAGGGCAUGUAGGCGCCAUGCUGGAUUAGAACCUACCUCUGAGUUCUCCAGAAUAAUGAAAUUGGAUCUUGAACUUGUUUUCACUUCAUUGAAUCGUUGAAUAGAACACAAAUAUACAGAAUGAUGGAAAAGUCUCAGUUAAUUAGCACUCUCUCUUGACCAGCGCAAGAUAAUUAUAACUUCGUUUACUUGACAGAAGUUUGAGUUAACUGUCGUUUUUGAUUCCCUCUAUCGAGUGAAAAAGUAUUUAACGAAACAUGCAGUUGGAGAGGUUGGAAAUGUGGUGAAAAUUGUUCUAUCCAUGCUUAUUUUCGGGAAAGGAAUUUGAAUUUAUUUCCCAUGAGACGAAUUGAUAAAAGAAAUUAGACUUUGCCUAAUAACGUGACAAAAGCUGCCGAACUGGAGGCGCCAUUGUCUCAACAUUUUAUUAAAGUAUUUUUGUACAACAGUUUGUUCUUUAAUGACCUUGAUUCGUAAGCGCAGCUAAUUAAAGUUAGUUUGCGUAGAGAAAAUGAUUUCUUGCAACCUUACCCUUCGCUUGUUGUUGGUGUUAUGUGUAGGUUUAUGUCAUUCCACUCUCCUACCAUCGAUCUACUGGGAUCCUCGCAAUCCAAUCUUUCAGAAAAACUUGACGAUGAAAGUUCCUGCCCAUUCUAAAAUGAAAAUCGUCUGCCCAAAUCCAGCGAGUGUAUUACAAGAAACGGAAUCUAGCAUACCACUGGAGCAAAUGUACUCAAAUCUAUGGAUGGUGACUAAACAAGAGUUUGACAUUUGUAAAAUAAACGCAAGUGAUCAAAGCUUUUCUAACGAGAAGAGAUUACUGAUGAGCUGUAAUAACCCUUUGCAGCUGAAGUAUUAUGAGAUGGUGUUUAGAGCUUACACCGUGCCAGGCAGCAUUGCAUAUGAGCCUGGCAAUAGUUACUACUUUAUAGGUACGUCCGACGGUACCAACCACUCACUGGCCAAUCACGAAGGGGGACACUGCCUGUCGUCUAACAUGAGGAUGUCAAUCUACGUCUGUAAUGGAAGUUUAGAUCCAACUUGCCAUGCAGAUCAACAGAGUUCACUUUCGCCCACGCCCUCACACUCGUCCCAGUCUUCAGUAUUCUCUGUCUCGACUCCAACAGCUCGUAUUACGACUUCCAGCACUCUAGUUACUAAUUCCUGGAGUUACAUGUUUCCUUCAGUUUCGGCAGUGAGUUCCGCCAGCACUGCACUUGCACUUCAGUCAUCGAUUGCUGUCCAAUGUCAAGCAACCAUUAACGAAAUGUUAAUUAGGAGUCUUAUAAACAAGUCAGAACUAUUGUACGACAUUUACAACUACACACUCAUGAUACCGGAUUUAAGUCUCAUGCUACAGCAGAAACUGAACCUUUCAACAGGGCAGACGACAGAAACCGACGGAAGUUCGUUAAAGGUCAUCACGGCUAAACCAGCUCAGCGACAUUGUAAAAAUUGGCUGAAAAAGAACUACACAGAAAGCGGAAGCUACCGUCUGUUGAUAAAUUGGAAGACUUGGCAAACAAAUGAUCGUUUUCGAGUUUACUGUGACCAAGAAACUGCUGGCGGUGGUUGGACCCUUUGGAUGCGGCGCUUUGACGGAUACAUCGGUUUCAACAGAGACUGGGAUUCUUAUGAGGAAGGAUUUGGAGACACCUCCGGCGAGUUUUGGCUGGGUUUAAGAUCCAUGGAGAAAAUUCAUGCUGACAGUAAGUUCUCCAUAAGGUUAGACAUGGAAACCUCUGACGGCAGCAAGGACUACGCUGAAUACACGAAUUGUGAAUUGGGAGACUGGCAAACUAUGUACACGCUAACAGUGGGAUCGUUUGUGGGUGGCGGUGCAGGUGACUCUCUUUCAUUCCAGAAUGGUACAAAGUUCUCGACUUUUGACAAAAAUAAUAUGCAGAAUACCAGCACAAACUGUGCACAGGACACCAAAGGUGGAUGGUGGUUCAAUGACUGUCAGCGAAAGGCUUGCUUAACAGGAAAAUACAAAAACGGCAUUCGGUGGGAUUCUUGGAAAGGAUCCAAUGAAACUCUCUCCAAAAUAGAGAUGAAAGUACGCCCAGUUUGACAAAAUGUGAACGAACAUGGAAAUCUCGGUUUUCUCGACAACCGUAUAUGAAUUAUCUACUUGACUGUAAACCGCUGUCCAGAAUAAUGCGAACCCUAAGGCGAGUUCUACCAUUUGAUCACGUUUGUGAGGUUCGCCUCAUUUUCUCAACAAGCGUACAAAAGUAUCGCCUUAACUCUGUAGACCUCUGUCCAGAAAUAAUGGAAAAUAGUGCGAGUUUAACUUCUUGAGCACGUGCAUGUAUGAAGUUAACCCGAUCUUCUCGCCAAGCAGAUACGUUUUCACAUAUCUCGUAAUGACGACCGUAUAUAGGGUAUCCACCAAACUCUUUCUACCCCUGUCCAUGCAGAUGAUAUAGCUCACACGCAUCAGGGUUUCAAAGCUGACGUUUCAAGCGUUCGCUUUGAAACUCUUUACGGUGGCUAAUUUACAUUAUGAACUCAGUUGAUAAAACAACUACCCCACUGACGUAGCACCACAGUUUGUUUAGAAACUAACCCCUUUAUUGACUAUGCUUGAAUACGACGUGCACACUGGCACUUACCCAUGUUAAAUUGUAAAUAAAUAUUUAAAACGAUGACGAAAUUGCGACAGUGGAUUUGAAGUGUUCGUUAUUCCUAUUGUGCAAAACAAUUCCUUGCCUGAACGAUUAAGUCCCCAUUGGUAACAUUU